ACCACUAUCUUAUAUCUUAUAUCCCUCCGACCCAAAAACGUCUUGGAGGAACUCUAGGUAUCUCAAACUAUUAUUUCUGAGGUUACUUGCUGUUUUAUCAGGGAAGUCUUAUUAUACUCAAAGUAUAUCAACUAAACUACAUCGCAUCCACAACCUAGGAAAUGCAACAUGAAACCCGCAAAGCCCUUCUCAGCCACCAUGGAUGAACAAACCUUCAUCCCCCCAACAAUGCGAGCCCUCUACUACACUCCCCUCCCCACAACCCCCAACGACCCAACCGCCGUCUCCAGCCAAACUUCCAUAACAUUCGACACCGAUUUCCCCGUCCCUAAGCCCUCCCCAGCACAAUAUCUAAUCAAAGUGCAAACAACAGCCUUCUCACACGAUGAAGUGCGUCUAGCCGGGCUGCUAAACCCCACCCAGUCGAUGCCGCAGAUCCCGCUGCAUAACCUCUGCGGGACGGUGAUUAGCACGCCGAGCGAGGAUCAUUGGAAUGCGGAGGGGCCGAAGUUUAAGGUCGAUGAUGUGGUUUUUGGGCUGGUGAGUUAUUCGAGGGAUGGGGCCGCGGCAGAUUAUGUGCUUGCGUAUGAAGAUGAGUUGGCAUUUAAGCCGCAGAAUAUUAGUGCUGCAGAGGCUGCUACAAUUCCUCUGCCUUCUCUUACGGCGUGGCAGGCUAUUUUCACAUAUGCUGGGCUGGACGAUAAUCUAGACCGGAAUGCGAGCAACGGAAAGCACAAGCACCUCCGCGUGCUGGUCACAAACGCCUACGACAACGAAGUCGGGAUGCAAGCCGUGCAACUCCUCCGAUCCAAAUCUCUCUUCCCAAACCAGCGCCGUCCCUGGAUCUGCGUGACUUGCUCCUCCCCAGAACAAGAGAUGGCCCUCCGCGAAAACCAUGACGUCGAUGAGACCAUCGUCGCCCCCCUCCCAAUAGACCCCUCCUUCGACCUCGCAACCCCCUUCCGCAGCAAUCGCUGGGACCCCGUCGACAUCGUCCUCGACUGCGCAGACGGGCUAAUGUUCCGCCAAGCACACUCCUCACACGUCGUCAAAGACCACGGCGCCGUCUUGACAGCCGUCGACUCAACACCUGCGCAGACGCAGCAGCAUUUGGAAAAGGACGACAAUAGUGAACGGGACCUGUUUAGCCGGUUUAUCGCGGUCGAACCGGAUGGACACGCGCUUGGACGGAUUGCGAGAUUGGUCGAGGAGGAACAAGCGCCGCGGGGGAGGACGGAGAGUAUUGUGGAUUUGGUUAACGGGGCGGAUCUUUUGGAUGCUGGGGCGGCGGGGGCGGCUGGGGCGAGACGGGGGGGAAUGUUUGUUAUGAAGGUUAAUUGA